AUGCGUUCUUUGUCCUCAGUCCGCAGGCAACCAUUUUCAAUACCUCCCCGGGAGCCCAUUUUACCCCAAAACGAGAUAGUGGAUGAAGAGGUUUGCCCAGGCUAUGAUUCCAAAAAGUUCUAUCCAGCGAAUCCGGGCGAGGUACUUGCCAACCGCUAUCAAAUUUUGGUCAAGGUCGGCUGGGGGACGACCUCUACUGUCUGGCUUGCUCGUGACAUGAGGGGUCAAGAUGAAGAACCGGAAAGCGUCGUAGCGCUAAAGAUAACAAAUACGGAUAGCAGUCAACAUGUAGCUCACGACGAACGCGAAAUUGAAGAGCACAUUGCGAAGACGGAUCCCUCUCACCGUGGCUACCCAUUAUUUCGAACAUGUUCAAAAUUUUUCGAAAUCACUGGCCCAGAGGGAAGACAUCUAUGCCUCGCAUAUGAGCCCAUGAGGGAGCCAUUCUGGGUUUUUCAGAGGCGUUUUGAAGGCGGUGUUAUUCCACUUCCAAUUGUCAAGACGUACAUUCUUUUCCUUCUUGCAGGCCUUGAUUAUCUUCAUACAGGAUGCGGGAUUGUGCUGCUCUCUCCUACCAAACUGGGUGAUUUUGCCGACGACAGACUUAUGUGUCUUUUAGAUUUGAAACUUGAAAACAUCAUGGUCACCUUUGAACAUCCGGCUGUGCUUGGAGAUUUCAUGAAUUGCCAGCUCGAUCAACCGGCUCAGUGUAAAAUUGACUCCACAGGCCGACCUAUCUAUCGCAGUCACAAAGAAUUUGGACCACUGAGGACAUCGAGGAAUAUUCUUCCAAAAAUUGUUGACUUCGGAGGUUCCACAAGGUUUCAUUGCCAGGAUGAGGGGGCAUAUAUCCUAUACAACCAGAUCACUAUCGCGCGCCUGAGGUUAUCCUUGGCUCUAUGGGAUAUCAUCCAAGGGAAGGAACUAUUCUCCCAGGUUCACGAUCUGCAAGGUAACUACCAAGCAAAGGCGCAUCUCGCAGAAAUGAUCGCUCUACUCGGUAACCCUCCUCAGGACUUGAUCACAAGAUCUCACUCGAUGUCGGGAUAUCAAUGGCCCGAAUGCGUGAAAAACGUAGAAGGUGUGACUUGUGAAAACGCCGAGAAAUAUUUUGGCGGCCCAUUUUUUGAUCAUAAUGGCAAAUUUUUGUAUGAGGAACUAAUACCCGAUCGAAAGCUCACGGACAUACUCCCCUUGCUCGAAGAGAAGGAAAAAGAGAACUUCUUGUCGUUUGCAAAGAUGAUGCUUGCUUGGCUCCCGGAAGAGAGGAAGACGGCUCGUGAACUGAUGGAGCACCCAUUUCUUCGACGACCGACGAAAACAAGCAGGUGA